GAUACACGUUGGUGGCAGCUACCGCAGAUAUUAUAAUUUUGGAGAACUACUUGGACAAUCAGUGCUGGCUGCUUGGCAGCGCCUUUGGGUGACAUCAGUAAGGAGUGUACGCGCAUAGAUAACGGAACUACAAUGCAAUCAGGCGCCGCUCCAUAUCCGUUGCCAGGCGGCACUUUAGAAGUCCGUAUACAUGCUAGGAAAGGAAGGUGCUUGCAUACGACGAGGGAUGUGAAGGGUGGAGAAGUCGUCCUUGAGGAAGCGCCCAUCCUCCUUUUGGUCACGCCUGAAAUGGCUAUGAGCACAUGUGCGGCGUGCUUGCGGGCAAUCGGGCCACAAGAAUGCCUUCCAUGCACGGGAUGCCGCCAGGCGUGCUUCUGCAGCACCUCCUGUCUGCAAGCUGCACAGUCGACUCCAUGGAUCCACUCGAGCCCCAUCUGCAGCGCCUAUGCCAGGCUAGCAGCAGCAGCAGGACCUUCCGCUGCGCCCGGUGGUCAGCCAGCCGCUGGCCUUUCCGUUGAGGAGCAGGGGCAGCUGCGCUUCCUGCUGCACGCGCUGGCGCUCAGGCACACGCCCUCGCAGGAGGCAGAGCGGCGCUUCAGCGCACUGGUUCAGCUGGCGGGGGAGCCCUCGGAGGCUGACCUGGCCCUGGCGGCACGACUGGCGCCGCUGCUGGGGCAGGUGCUGGCGGGUCUGACAGGCGGAGCCGGCGCUGCUGCACCCCCCCUGGACCCCACCGAGCUGGCGGCGCUGCUCAGGAAGGAGCAGCUCAACUCGUACGGCAUCCUGGCCGCAUCGCAGCAGCAGCAGCAGCCGGCAGCAGCGGCAGCGGGGCGGCCAGCAGGGCGGGGCCCGAAUGGGCAAGGCGAGCAGGGGCGGGGACAAGGCCAGGAGGCUGGCCAUGCGGCUGCGAGGCGCGGCGGCGGCGGCAGGGAGGCGGAGCAGGCGGGGGAGGUGUUGGAUGGCGAGCGGCGGCUGAGAGGCAGCGCGCUGUAUGCGCAGGCCUCCCUCAUUAACCACGAGUGUCUGCCCAACGUGGCUCGCUUCGACCACUUUGACAGCGGCCGCCCCGGCAGCACCCACGUGGCCUUCCGCGCGCUGCACGACCUGCCCGCCGGCACGGAGCUGGCGCAGAGCUACGUGCCGCUGCACUGGGGGCUGGCGGAGCGGCAGGCGCAGUGCAGGGAGGUGUACGGCUUCGGCUGCACCUGCCCCAGAUGCCAGACGGAGUCCACCUGGAGUGAUGACGAGGAGGGGGACGAGGAGAGCGAGUGGGAGACGGACAGCGGGUCCGCGGAGAUGUGCGAGGAGGAGGAGGAGGGGGACGCGGAGGGAGCUGAAGAGGAGGGAGGGGCGGCCGAGGAGGUGGAGAUGCAGGAAUCCAUUGGUCCAAUCUGCGCGCCUCCAGGGGAGGAGGGGCCUUUGGAUCCGACCUACUUGCGGCUGUUCCUGCUGAAGUACAUGUGCACGCGGCCAGGAUGUUUCGGGACCGCCGCACCUCCGACCCCUGGGUCACCUAUGCUGGAAUGCAACGUUUGCGGGCACGCGAGGUCUGAGCAGGAGUUUCUCAGGGAUUUGGAGAAAGCACAGCGUGAGGAGCGAGCCACACGGGGGAGACGUUAGCUUCAACAUUGACAGCUUUAACCUGGUGAGGGGCGUGAGAGAUGUGGUGUGGAACCCAAGUGAGGACUGCCCCUUACUUGUGGUUCGGCAUGGUUUGGCUUUGACGUACCAUGAAUGCACCAUGGUACGUCCGGCAUGGUGCUGUCGGACGUACCAUGCAGCUGUCGGGGCAUGGCGGGCUUCGCUGCGGGCAGCCGCCCGUGGCAUUUGUUACUGUCAUGCUAUGGCAGACUAAAUACGAAGGUUUGUAUUUAACCACCUCCUUCAGUUCUGCGGACGGUAGCUGUCGGCAUGCAACUUCGCCGUCGGGGAAGAGCCGGAAGAGCCGGAACUCAUACAAAAUUCAUGAUUCAUGUGCCACUGGCACUGCAUAACUAGAUGUAAGGCUUUCGCGGCUUUGGAGUGGUAUCUAGCCUAGGUGGCUAAGAAGGGAUACGCUGCUAGCUACCCCUACCUCCUUGAUAGCUACCGCGUUGCUCCACAACGGCGACAGGGUUAACAUGCCAAUUGGGGCUGUUUUCUUGAGACAGAUAUCUUUUUAUGAAAUAUUUACUGAUGUUGUACGCGUCUGGCACCACGUGAGUUGUAAGUUACAUCGUAAACCGGCGAAGUACUAUGCGAAAGUCCGCUGUCGUCUUUGCUGCCAGCUGCUGUGGGCUUGAAAAUGGCUCACACCUGGCCUAACGUCAGGCUAUCGGUGGGUUACGCAGCAUUGUCCCCUCUUUGUCGCAAGGUCGGGGUCGCCAACUUGGAUUGUAGUAAUGCUUAAAAGGAUUAAGUUAUACACGUCAGCACGUUCUCGCGACUAUGCGUCGUGCUAUUCCCAGCAACUGCUUAGUUGCGAGGCGGGCGCAUUAACGACCACUGACGAUUGCGGAAGAAUCUCCGCCGAUAUUGUCGAUGUCGGCAAUGCUAGGCUACAUGUACUUGCCAACAUGAGACUGUCUGAUACUGGAAGAGUUUGGGCAAAGUUGGUGUCUGUCCUUGGCCUAACGGUCGGGCCCUGCAUAGCUAGCUGCGACAGUGGGUUCGAUACCCAAAUGCUAGGAUAAUACAAAAAACAUAGUUUUAUACCAGUGCCAUUUAUAGCUUCUAGCACCGAGAGACACCUGUUGGGCUGCUGCGACGCAUGCGACGAACGGAUUUGGUGGGCGGAUGUCUGCACGACAGGGUGAACCAGUGCGACCAGUGGCGCUAACUUUCCCCCCAAAGAGGAUGACCACCUAGUUGUAAGCAAAGCACUGCAUUCUCUUUGCAGGAUCGUCACCUCCUUUCUCGGGCGGGCGAUAUUCCGUACAGGGAGUUAAUUGGCAUUACUUCCCGAGGCGAAGGCCUGACUGCUUACAAGCUGCCAAACGCGUUACAAACGUUACAUAGAAUAAUUGGGACUGCUUAUAUCCUACGAAACUGGCCAGGCACUCGUCGCGUAAAUGCGACUUGUGUGACUGGUCCGAGACGAGGCAAACCGCAAGUAGGGCUUUCUCUACCUACUUAACAUUGCUUACUUCCUUCUAGCAGCGGCGUGGAUGCCCUGGAAGGCUGCUUUUAGCUAGUUCCUACUAGUUGACUUGCCCCUCAACCCAAGGCCUGGGCGCUGACGUAGCACUUCACAAGUGCCUCGAAAUCACUUUGAUACUUCUGAGCUUUUGAAGCUUGGACUUGCCGGUCUUCGCGAGGACACCUGUCCCAGAGAGGAAAACCGCUUUCGUCGUCCUGAGGGAAGCUGAGCUAUAAGCACCAAUCCAUAUUCAGAUGGAUGAGAAUGCUGGAAACGACGGCACUUCCACCAGGACCAAGUCGAAGGCCAUCCUCAACCGCAGACCGUCAGGGUACUGGAAGGUGUUCAGCCAUUGGUGGCGAGGGCGCUAUGCAGCGCUAAACUCUCGACCUACAGUACACGAGGUCAUAGAGUGGUACAACGAGAAUGCCGAGGCUUCCUGGCCUGCUGGUGAAGUCCCAAGCCUCAAGGCAGUGCUCCGCCAAAGCAAGGGAUUGCGCCCUAUUGAUGGUCUAAAGGAGUACUUCCGCAUGUACCGGAAGAAGCGGAAGGAGCAGGGCGGCUUGGCGUUGACAGCCAACGUGGACGAGGGGGGCCAACGUCGCGCACGUGCCGCCAAGCGGCGGCGGGCCCGGGACGACAGCUCCGACGAAGAAGAGGAGAUGCACGAGGCGGAUCACGAGGGCAGCGCCUGCUCCAAUCACUACUCGAGCGAAGACGGUGAUUGCGACAAGGCCGAGACCGCCGAUCCAAGUCACGACCUUGAGGACAAGGGCGCGCCCUGUAGGCUGCACGUAUCCAUCGCUGCUGACGCUGCUGCUGCAAACAACGUCAAAGACGACGGGCUUCAAGACUUGUCCGGUGUGCAUACGGUGCUCGAGGCGUGGAACCUCGCAGGACCUGGCUCCGCUGCCGCCGUCGCCAUCAAGCUGGAGCCUUCGUCGCUGCCGGCUGCCGGCUUCAUCGCAGGCAGGCACAUGCCUAUUAGCGUUCCUGAGCUGCUGCGGACUAUCUCCGUGCAGCCGGAGCACUACCCCCUGUCGGCACUCGACCCCGCAAACGGCCUUCCAGAAGGACCGGCGCCCCUGCUCGCCUGCCAGUCCAGCACGGGCGUGACGUGCUGUGAGCAGCCAUCAUCUUCCGUCAUCGUCCUCCCCAAGACCCGCGUCUGCCGGCCGCCUCCCCUCGCCGCCAUGCGUGCAUCCUUGGGUUCGUUCGCACUGUUGCCGGCGCUCUCGUCUAAGGCCUCGGCGGCGGCAGCUGCUGCGGCCGCCGGACCCCUUGCGGCGCCUCCUGUGAUGUUCGCCGGCCAGCCACGGCUCACCGGUGCCCUCCACGGCAUGCCGACAGCAAGGGCAGUGCAGGUCGAGUCCUUGCUAAGACAGGAAGCGGAGGGCGACGACCACGCCGGCGACCGCUGCAGCGCAGGAGGUAGGUGCCCGCCUGGCGCCGAGGAAGCCCUCAACGGCUACCGAUGCACGUACCCUGGCUACAGCCCCUCGCACUACUAUCCCUACCACCUGCGCCACCCGGGCGGUGCGUACGGAGACGCCAGCGGGCCCAUGCCGUACUGCGGAUCUGGUUCAUCAAGCAGCGACUACGCGCCUGCCGUGCCGUGGUCAACAGCUGGCGCCACCGGUUUCCAGCCUCACAUUCACCCGCGCCAGGGCGCCGCCGAGUCCAACGCACGAGCCCACUCCAAGCUGUACUAUCCGCAACCCUACCACCCUUCCUGGGGCGGCUGGGCGCCUGGCGACAUGUACGCAGGCGGCGUGUGGCCGGCUUCGGUGCUGCGCAGCCAAGGAUCGGGCCUCUGUCGCAGCAGUAGCAGCAGCGACUGCCAGAGGCACGAGUUCAUGAACUGCUCGGACCCGCCUUCGCACCCGGUAUCGCCGCAGCCGGCAAUGCACCACCAAGGCUACGGCUUCGGACCCGCGUUCCAGGGCUACGCUCGCUUCCCGCCUGCCUGCCCGGAGUCCUGGGGCAUGCAGCCCAACGCCACCAUGGAGGGAGAGGUCUGCAGCAGUAGCGUCUCCGCGCAACGACCCUACCACAACCGUGCCAAUCUGGGCAGCUCUGAGCAGGGGCACCGCAUGUACGGUGCGUGCCCACCGUACGGCAUGGUGGCCAUCGGGAGCUCCUCCAGCAUGGCCCGGAUGGCUCCUGGCAUGGAUGAAUCGGCCUAUCUGGCAAUGUCCGCUGACGCGGAAGCGAAACGCUGCUACCCUGUCUUGCCGUACAGCCAGAUGCAGCCGGCACAGCAACAACGCCAACAUCAGCCCCUGGCUAAGGCGGCUGUUGGCCUUGGCCUGUUUCAGGGGGAUGCUGCCGCCGCAUCUGGCGGCUCCCGGAGCGAAGGCGACGGCCCGUCGACUGUGGAGAUGCCUUCCGAGGUUCGUGAGUCGGAGCUGGAGGGCGUGGAGUGCGGGCUGGGGGCGGCUGACAGCUUCUGCGCUGCGGCAGUUCGGGAUGUCCUUGAUCACGACUUGGAGGUGGCGUGGGAGAGCUUUAUUGCUGGGGACGUUGGCUUUGACACGGUACUCACAUGAUGGAAGGUAGCUGCGUAUUCAUGGCGACCUGUUCACAUGUAGCUAGGGAGUUAGGGAGGAAGUCGUGAUCGUGUAGGGGCUCGAGGUCGUUCAGAUGAGAUAAGCCAAAUGGUUGUUAGGUGAUCUCGUUACAUGUUAAGCUGACAAUUGCGCAUUUUAGCAAUGACUAAACUAAACAGCGAACAGCUGUCUUGGAAGGCGCAUUGUGUGCUGAAUUUGUAUUAGCGCUUGAGCUUUUGCAGAUCAGUCGCGCGCAGGGGUGCUACGUUCGUGCAACUGAGGAUUGUGACUGUCUGACAAAUUGUGGGCCUUCCAAACUUUUGCAUCUUUUCAGCCGCUGUUUUUUCGCAUGCUUUUGGGAAUUUGGCUGCAUGCUUGCCUUCUUUGUGUUUUCUUCCGCCAGACGGCUUAGUCGUACACGGUGUUUGGAUCGGUGUCUGACCCCAAAAGUAAUGGAAGCCGGGCGAUCGGGAUGCUUGCAUCGAGGGCCUCACUUACGCACCCCUACGCAGCUGCCUUUCUGCCAUGCAGCCCUGAAACCCGGUGGAUACGGAACUAAAAUUAACAUGUUGAACUUGGAAGUUGUUCGUAUAUGGUGGGCGAGGCUGUGGUGUGAAUGGGUUUCAUGGAUGUGAUGCUUCUUUUCAUCGUAGGAAACAGUGCACAGGCGUUGUGCAUGUUGCCUGCUCCGGUAUUAUGAGCAGGUCAGAUUAUGCUCCAUACGAGUCAGUGUGGUGUGCUCCCAUUUGACAUUACCGAAGAUGGGGCGAAAUGGAAAUUCAUGUGGGAGAAACUUUGCACCCAUGGCUCCUGAUCAGGGAAUGCACAUUUGUUUGGACCGUCCAUGGUGGUGCUGAUUUUCUGGUCACGAUGCCUUGAUGGCCCGCCGGCAGGAUUUCUAGGGCAAUCAUCUCGCUUUGGCAAUUUGCAGCAAUGCAUUGUAUAGAGGACAUGGAUCGGAAAGCAAAGCAUUGUAA